UCGAACACGUAGAAGACGUGCGGAUUACGAGAUUAUUUCGGUGAGAGCGAGAUGUCAUCGUGACAGGUUGACGAUUGUCGUGCGACCGCUCGCGGGAUCGGAAACAUGCGACUGUUUGAGAUGUUCCAAGGCUGGGUUCCGCGAUCUGCUGGCGAGCGUGGUUCUCUUUGAGACGAUGUCGAGGUACCCGUGUGUCUUCGGGUAAAAAAAAGAGCGUUGCGACAGAUUCUCGAAGACCCAACAACGGAAAGCGAUGGAGGAUUACAAGUUCCUCUUUAAAGUUGUCCUGGUAGGAAAUGCCGGGGUCGGCAAGACGUGUCUUGUGCGCAGAUUUACGCAGGGCUUGUUUCCACCAGGGCAAGGUGCAACGAUAGGUGUCGACUUCAUGAUAAAGACGGUUGAAGUGGAAAACGAGAAAGUCAAGCUCCAAAUUUGGGAUACCGCAGGGCAAGAGAGGUUUCGAUCUAUAACACAGAGCUAUUAUAGAUCCGCUCAUGCCUUGAUUUUAGUUUAUGACAUCUCGUGUCAACCCACGUUCGAUUGUUUGCCAGACUGGCUCAGAGAAAUCGAGGAAUAUGCGAGUAAUAAAGUGUUGAGGAUAUUAGUUGGAAAUAAAAUCGAUCGAGAUGAUAGAGAAAUACCGACACAUGUUGGGGAAGAUUUUGCCCAGCGGCAUGGCAUGUACUUCUUGGAAACAUCUGCUAAAGAAGCCGAGAACGUGGAGAGGUUAUUCAUGGAAAUUGCCGCGGAGUUAAUGGAGCAAGCACGUAGUAAGGAUCUACCCAGAUAUGAAACAAAUGCAACUUCGAUAAAUGGGAAAACAACGUCAAUCGGCGAUAGCGGGAACUGCAGUUGCAGUCGCCUUUCUUAAAAGACACUGAUUUCACGACUUUUUUUACCAAUUUCUCAGAGCCUAAAUCACUAAUUUAGCUAACAUUCGCAAUUAAUUCAUAUAAGUACAACGUUUUGUAUAGAGCGUCUUUUUUUAUUUUGAAAUUCACACUAGUUCACCAAUAGUGACGUAAAGUUUACUUAGACUGAGGAGGCGGUGCAUUUCAUCACAAAUCGAUUUUUCUACGGAAAUCUUGCAUAAAAAGCUUGGAGAAUUUUGGUCAAUGUUUGCUACUCCCUUUUAUACGAAUUAAAGUACACGAAGUGUCCGUUAAAUCGUAGAGUAUAUACAAUUUGUUGAAGCAAUUUCAUUUGCUAUUAGUUGCUCCUCGCUGACUGCCUAAGAUGCGUAGUCCAUGCUAAUGCAAGAUCGAUGUGAUCUCGUGUUUAGAUAUGACUGUGAAAUAUGUCUUAUGUCGACGAUUCAAAUUUUUUCAGUAAAAUUUGACGGAUUCAAGACAGUUACGAAUGCCUAUUGAGUGCAGUUGUAGCGUUACUUCUAAAUGUUCUCAUAAUCUAUAAGUGAAGCAGUGCUCGUUAAUGCUUUUGGGCAUUAGCAAUACUUGAGGCUUGGCAUUUAAUGCUCCGUCUGGAGUAAUAAACGCCGUGUCUUCGCAAUAACUAUCAACUUUUACAACACAACACAUGUUCAUACUCGCUAGCAUAUGAACCGACCACAAUGAGUUACGUAAGAGAGUCGUAAGCUUGCACUCGAUAUGAAUGUUCCCAUUUAAUAUUGUUUGCACAAUUAUAUGACGAGACAUUUAAAUUUGUAUAUACAUAUGCAUAACGGAAGCUCUGUUAUGUUUGAUAAAUGGUUUAAAGCACUGCCCGAACCAUGCAGUUGAUUUGUUCGUUGUAUCCAUGUAAGCAUCAUUGAAUAUUAGAGCGAUGGUAAUAAUUUAUAACUUCUGUUUGUACGAUUCAGAACGUAUACCAAUGCUGUAUUUCAGAGUAUGUUCCGAAACGUUUUACUUGUUCAACUAAUGGCUAUUAUAUUCAUCCUCGUUUCGCACCUCUAAUUUAGGACCAAUGGAACUUAGAACUGUGCUUCGGAACAUAUUCUAAAUAAGUCAUUCUAGUCUACGCGGUAUUUUUACAUAAGAUGUUAGAUGACACUCGAAGGAGCUCCGAGUGAUGUCGUGCAUCGUUCCGAAAGUAAGUUAAUUUUGUGACACCUUUUAGGAUAUGCGAUUCCUAAUUCCUAAGAUGAACGAGAAACAUGCACAGGUUAGCUUUUAUUUAUAGUAAGAUAAGUCAUUAUUACUAGCGAUAAUGUUAAUCAACCGGUAGCUGAUGCAGAAUAAUAAUCGUUUUAGCUAAUUGAAGUAGACAUGGACGGUCUUGAUAUUAAUUGGUAAUUUAAAACUACAAUGAUGUCGAGUACGGUGCAGUGUGACUGCGAGUUAUUUUAACACUUCGGUGGUUAACGCUAGGUGGUAUUAAUUACAUUUGGCAGUCGAGGGACAUGUAGGAAUUUCACUUUCGAAUAACGUAACGGGAGAAAAGUAGACUGUACUUUUACCAAGGAACAUCGCGUUACGAGAGAGAGAGCAUCGAAUCAUGGAAUUAACGAUCCGCGACAGAUAUCUGUGCGAGGGAUUGGUGCUAAUGUUUUUAUUCCGAAGGAUUUUCAUUGCACUACCGCGACGCGGGCUUUUUGAAACGUUUUAUUGUACCUUGAAUUAGUGGAAAGGUAUUAUUGCUUGAGUACGCUGAAUAGUGUUGGACGCGUCUUUCGUUGUGUUAUAACUUCAAAGUGCUUGGUCACUGACGAUGCAUUUAAAGUUUAAACCCCUAUUAAUGAUUUUGUAUAGUUUCCAAAUUGCGUGUCCUAUGACUUGACGAUGCGCUACUUUUAGAGCGUAAUAUUUAUGUCAAUUUUUAAUAAAGACAUAUCAGUUGUGA